UUUUUUCUUUUGUUAAACUAGCCUUCAUAUUAUAGAGUAAAAUUAUGGCCUUGACUUCUCCUCCUUUGCCUCUCCAUGCAUUUCAAUUUUGAGUCUCUUGGGUCGCCUCCAGUUCGACCACCAUUUCUUGUCUAUUUUGGGCUUUGAUUUUCCCGGAAAUUUUCCGGGCAUCCAUACCCUUUUGGAGGCGUACCUUGGUGCCUGCUGCUGUUGCUGCUGCUUUUUUUUUCCCUAAUCUUUUUUGCUUUUAUACACGCAACGAAACAUGGGUGCCUGCUGUAGUACAGAGGUGAAGUACAAAGGUAGACGCCAUGAAGAAGAUGAUUUGGAGGGGAAAGAAGAGGAGGGCCAACAGGAGGAAGUUACGACCACUGGACAUGCCGGGGCCAUAGUCAGAUUUCAGGGAUCCUCUAGCUACACGUCAAUGUACACCCGCAAGGGGAAAAAAGGGAUCAAUCAGGACGCCAUGACCGUAUGGGAGAACUUCAUGGGAGAGAAGAACGUGUUCUUCUGCGCUGUAUUUGAUGGUCAUGGUCCGUCAGGUCACCAGGUUGCACGUCAUGUAUGUCACACCUUGCCAUACAAGCUUUCUACAGUGUUCAAAGAAAAUGAUGUAGCUGUUGGCGCUGACAAAGACUGGGAGGCAAGUAUAAUUAGAGCUUUCGAAGAGUCGGAUGAAGAUCUUAUCUUGGAAGAGUCUCUUGACAGUUACUGCAGUGGUACCACAGCUGUAACUGUUAUUAAGCAGGAUGAACAUUUGAUAAUUUCAAACUUGGGGGAUUCUCGUGCGAUUCUUUGCACUAGAGACAAUGAAAACCAACUCAUUCCGAUCCAACUCACAGUUGACUUGAAACCUAGUAUACCAAGUGAAGCUGAAAGAAUCCUGAAGUGCGGUGGCAGGGUCUUUGCAAUGGAUGAAGAAUCAAAUGUACCAAGAGUAUGGAUGCCCGAUCAUGAUUGCCCUGGCUUAGCCAUGGCAAGGGCUUUCGGGGAUUUCUGCCUCAAGGAUCAUGGUGUUAUCGCAAUUCCUCAAGUUUCUUACAGGAAGCUUACAAGCAAAGAUGAAUUUGUAGUGUUGGCGACUGAUGGGGUGUGGGAUGUGCUAACAAACAACGAGGUGAUACGAAUAGUAGCUUCAGUAAAGAAACAAUCAAUGGCAGCUAAAAUAUUGGUUUAUUAUGCUGUUCAAGCAUGGCGAACAAGGUAUCCAGGCUCCAAGGUGGAUGAUUGUGCAGUGGUAUGCUUGUUCCUGAAGAAACGACCAUUAUUAACAAGAUCCUUGUCUGACAUGAGCAAAAACGUUGCAAGUCAACUAGAUGGUGCAGAUUCUAACCUUAUUUCUAAAGACAGGAAAACCGAAGAAGGCGAGACUGUUAUAAAUUGCGAUAUUACUGUGGACCCUAAGGCCCUUGAUGAAUUAAAUAGAGUAAAGGCUUUUACCAAGUCUUCUCGGCUCGGCAGUUUGAAUAGGAGGAAAACAUCUAAGGACUUUGGGGGAACCGAAGCUAAUUGAUUUUGGGUUUAAUUUGCUGGCAGCAAUAUUCACAAUUUAUAAAGCUUAUUCUCAAAUAUAUGUGAAUCAAGUUCAUAUCGGGGAGGGAGGAUUUAUUUUUAUUUUUAUUUAAAAAAAAAAACACACUACUAACUUCCUUCCAUUUAUUAUAGUUUGAAUUUGAAUGGAACU